CUACUUACUAAGUGCAUGUCUUAUUAGGGCAGAGGAUCUGGCUGAAGAUUAUAGAGAUCAUAUAGGUUAAACCCUGAAGGCAUGGCUAAGCACCAUCCAGAUCUGAUAAUGUGCAGGAAGCAACCUGGGAUUGCAAUCGGACGGCUUUGUGAAAAAUGUGAUGGAAAAUGUGUGAUCUGUGACUCUUACGUGCGGCCUUGCACGCUUGUUCGUGUAUGCGAUGAGUGCAACUAUGGGUCUUUUCAGGGCCGAUGCGUCAUCUGCGGUGGUGUCGGCAUCUCUGAUGCCUACUAUUGCAAGGAAUGCACACAGCAGGAGAAGGAUAGGGAUGGCUGCCCCAAAAUUGUCAAUCUUGGAAGUGCUAAGACUGAUUUGUUUUACGAAAGGAAAAAAUAUGGUUUCAAGAAAAGGUGACUGCGAUGCCUCUGUAUGUAUUAUUUCUACUAACUUCAAACUUUCUUGGACUUCAGUGUUUGUUUCAACUUUCUAUGCGAUUAUGUUUCUGUUUGUUUGGAUUUUAUAUAUCAAAUUAAUUUCUUUGCAGUUGUUCUUA